AUUGUCAAAACAAAUAAGGUCAUUCUUUUUUAAUUCGGCCGGUGUUUUUAAUAAAUUGAUUGUCAUAUGAGUAAAAGUUGAUUAGUGAAUGUAUAUAAUUUCAAAACUUGUCACUCGAGUAAUACCCAAAAGUCAAAAUUUGUUACCAAUUGUUUUCUUGGGUAAAAACCGGUAUUCCAAUUCCAGCAUCAUGGCACCAAAAGCCUUAAUUUUCUUAGCAUCUGGAGCUGAAGAGAUGGAAUUUGUUAUUACAGCUGAUGUUCUAGUAAGAGGAGGAGUAGAUGUUACAGUAGCCAGUCUAACAGAUAAUAAACUAGUAAAAUGUAGUCGAGGAGUACAAAUUCAAUCCGACAUUGCUAUAAAAGAUGCUAGUAGUAAAGGACCAUUUGACGUAAUUGUCCUGCCUGGUGGUCUAGGAGGUACAAAAGAAAUGUCAGAAUCCAAAGAAGUUGGCGAACUACUGAAGGGACAAGAAUCUAGUGGUAGGAUUAUAGCAGCAAUAUGUGCUGCCCCAUUAGCACUCAAAGCCCAUGGUAUUGCCAAAGGAAAGAACUUAACCUCAUAUCCCAGUGUUAAGAAAGAUUUAUUGGAUGGCAGUGAAGGCUAUCAGUAUAAAGAAGAUAAAGUGGUUGUGGAUGAUAAACUAAUAACAAGCAGAGGGCCUGGAACUGCUUUCGAUUUUGCUUUGACAUUAGUCGAGAAGCUUGUCGGAAAAGAAAAAGCUAAGGACGUAGCUAAUGGAAUGCUUGUAUCAUGGUAAAUUAUUCUUUUAUGCUAUAAAACAUUUUGUGGUUUACUUUAUCACUUAAGAAAUGUAAUGUUAAUGUUUUUUGUUUGAAUAAAUACAAAAAUGUA